AAACUUUUUACUUAAUUCUCAGAUCGUGAACAUGUUCUUCAUCGACUCGUUCCUGGGCGGCGCCUUCCUGACGUACGGCAUUGACGUGAUCAAGUUCAUGAGCCAGAACCAGGAGAACCGCACCGACCCGAUGGUGCUGGUGUUCCCCCGCGUCACCAAGUGCACCUUCCACAAGUUCGGUCCCUCGGGCAGCAUCCAGAAGCACGACACACUCUGUGUGCUCGCGCUCAACAUACUCAACGAAAAGAUAUACAUCUUCCUCUGGUUCUGGUUUAUAAUCCUAGCAGUGCUGUCUGGAAUCGCACUGAUGUACAGCAUUGCCGUUGUGCUGCUGCCUUCAAUCCGUGAGACCAUUCUCAUCCGACGCUUCCGUUUCGGUCCGCCAGCCGGGGUGUCGGCGCUCAUUCGCAAGACACAGGUAAACUAUUUCUCUUUAUUUAUUUAAAAUUAUGAAUUAUAU